UAGGUUAAACCACUCUUUCUUGAACGGGUCUAGCUAGUCUGCCGUCUGCCCCAUCUUUCUCUCUAGCUAAUUUUGUCGAUCAUUAUGACCAUGUGGAAUCCCUUCUGCGAGGCAGAGAUUGAAGUGUUAUGGGAUGUCAAUGAUUGCCCAAUCCCUUAUGGUCAUCUCGAUACUACCGAUGUUAAAUGCAACAUUAUACGAGCCCUUCAGAGUAAGGGUUAUCAUGGUCUUCUCACAAUCACAGCUUUUGGCGAUCUGGAUCUUGUGGGUAGUGACUUUAAUGGAUUCUGUAUCUUUCCCACAGGAGCUAAUGAUCUGUCGUCACGCAAGAUGAUUUUAUUGGACUUUCUUAGCUGUUCACUUUCAUAUGGUUCAAAACCAAAAGUUGUGCUGCUAAUCGUGGGAGACAUCUCAAGACACAAGGGGUUUAAAAGGGCCAUUGACGUAUGGAAUUCUAAUAGACUUGGCGUUGUUCUCUUAGCACAGCCCCAGAAGGCAUCCCAGGAGGUACAUGAUGCCGUAAGUACAGAAUGGCUUUGGGAAAAGCUAGCAACUGCAAGCCAAAGCCCACAACGAUUAUAUAUGGAAUGACUUAUUGUUGCUUCUGUAUUGUGACAUCUCUUUUUUAGUUAAGAGUUGCAAAGCUUGGAAUAUUUA